AAAAUCAAACUGUUUUGUGGAACAACGAUCGCAGCUUGAAAGGCCGGAAUAGAGGCUAUUUGAGUUUCACUUUUCCACGGUUAAAGGCGACACGUUCCUCUGUGACGUAGUGGGUCACGCUGUAAAAAGAAAAUAGCGUAGCGCGGUUCGACGACCAGCGGCAUUCAAGUCGUCCCAAUGUUGAUGAGCCGGGUUCUCCUACGACCACCUAAGGUUAAAGCCGGAUCAUGGACGACUGCGAAUGCUCACAGACCUGGACAUUUACAGAGACCUUUGAUGUCACAGAGUGCGUCUCAAGACCAUUACGUAACAGAUGAUGGAACUUACGUCUUCACUCGAGGAUCAGUGCACGACGUGGCAAAGCAGAUCCUUGCUAAGCGGCGUGCAGAGCAAGAAGCCUUCUUCGUUUGCGAUGUGCGUGACAUUGCCAAGAAGGUCGACCUCUGGCGACAGUGUCUUCCAAGAAUCAUGCCUUUCUAUGCCAUCAAAGCCUGUCGGGACCCAAUAGUCCUCAACGUUCUCAACAGUCAUGGUGUCAGCUUUGACUGCUCCAAUAAGGGUGAGAUCAGCGCUGUGCUGAACAUGGGGGUUGAUCCGGAUCGCAUCGUGUACGCCAACACAAUAAAAAGUGUCUCGGACCUUAAAUUCGCUCAACAAAACGGCGUCACGUUCAUGACAUUCGAUUCCGCAGAAGAGCUGACCAAGAUCAAGGACAAACGGGCAAGGCUGCUGCUUCGAAUAGAAGCCGACGAGACUGGUUCCCAUCAUUCAUUCAACUCCAAGUUUGGCUGUUCUUUCGAUGAAGCCAAAAGAAUCCUUCAAGAAGCUCGAAAGAGCGGAAGCAACGUUGUCGGCUUAUCAUUUCACGUCGGUUGCGCAUAUCAGGAUCCUGUGAUCUUCGCACGCACAAUCGAACGAGCAAAAGCCAUCUUUGAUAUGGCGUCGAGCAUGGGCAAUACGAUGAGGGUUCUCGACGUUGGUGGCGGCUUUCCCGGAGGCCUGAGAAUACGCGAGAAAUUCUUUGAGGUGUGCGAAUCUAUACGCUUGGCUACAGAUCUUCACUUCCCAGUGUCCAGCGGGGUGCAAAUCAUUGCCGAGCCUGGACAGUUCUUCGUGACGUCCGCUUACGCUCUCGUCGUCCAAGUUAUUGGAAAGCGGCACCGCGAGGUUGUAGCAGACGGUUGGAGCCAAACUCAGCAGGACGUGUUCAUCAACGAAUCCAAGGACAACUGCGUGUCGCGCAACCUUUACGACUACUUGGACGUGAAGAUCUGGCCAUUGAAGGAACCUUUGGAGAGACCGCGCGACGUCCCGACCACCGUGUGGGGCGGCACGUGCAAUCCAGUGGACUGCAUUGAGAGGAAGCCUCUCUUCACCGUAAAUGUGGGCGAGUGGUUGCUCAUGGACAAUAUCGGCGCUUACUCGCUCAGCAGGGCGUCGGGCUUCAACGGCCUACCGUAUCCGGCAGUGCACUACAUCGCGCCGCAGGAAAACGUCAGCGCACUCCUUCGAAUUUUGAACGCUUCUCCCCUGCGCAGCGGCUUUGGUCAACCAGAGGGUGUACUCAAAAGAAGCCUCCUGACGCAAUGGAGAUCGGAAGCAGCGGGCUGCGACGAGCAAGCUAAUGCAGUGCCUGUAGCGGCUCUUCCUUGCUGAGUCGACGUAGGGAGUCUGUCAGGGAAGAACUGACGUUCAAUUGCACAUAUGUACAUACAUAAGCAUUUUGUCGCGGAUCUAGGUAUAAUGACGCAUUGCCAUGCUUGGCUGAUAACAAGAGAGAGAGAGAGAAAUAGAUGAAAAGGAAACGCAGGGAGGUUAACCUGGCGCGAGUGACCGGUUUGCUACCCUGCACAGGGGUGGGGAUAUAGGGGUCGGAAAGAGGACAGAGAGAGAGUGAGAUAAAAUGAAAACGAAAAAAAAAAACGCACACAUGCACACACACGCAAGACGUUCCAGUCAGAGCCGUUCUGAGAGACCAGUUGAACGCAGAAAGCGCAGUAGCGCUUGCACAGCCUUUUUCUGUGACGUUUGGUCCGGUCGAUGGCGCAGGAUUCUUUCUUCCGACAGAGUGAGGUCGUCCAACUUAUCGAGCGCGUUGCAAAGUGACUGUCUCUGUGAACAGUACUGAGGGCAGUCGCACAGAAUAUGUUGAAUUGUUUCAUCACUGCCGCAGUGGUCACAUGAUGCGGUGUCGU